AUGACUACAGUCACCACGCAGACAAAAGAGGACACAAUUGAUUUCAAAAAUGGACAAAUUACAGUGGAAGAUAUAAUUCCAAGUCCAGCAGAGCCUGAUAUUCCACUACCACCUCCAUCCAAGAAUCCCGUCGACAUUCUAGACGUGGAUAAAGGCACACCAGAUAACCAUGUACCUCGCGACCCCCGAUUGAUCCGCUUGACAGGUGUACAUCCCUUCAAUGUCGAGCCGCCGUUAACAGAUCUAUUCAAAGAAGGCUUUCUUACAUCCCCAGAACUGUUCUAUGUGCGCAACCAUGGACCAGUUCCCCAAGUGAACGAUGAAGAUAUUCCCAACUGGGAGAUCAGUAUCGAAGGACUAGUGGAGAAACCCCUAGUCCUCAGCUUUCGAGAAAUUCUCCAAAAGUACGACCAAAUUACAGCCCCGAUCACACUCGUCUGUGCCGGCAACAGACGAAAAGAACAAAACACAGUCCGAAAGUCGAAGGGUUUCUCAUGGGGCCCAGCAGGUCUAUCCACAGCGCUGUUCACAGGCCCCAUGAUGGCAGACGUAAUUCGCAGCGCGAAGCCCCUCCGCAAUGCAAAGUAUGUUUGUAUGGAAGGUGCUGAUAAAUUGCCCAAUGGCUUUUAUGGAACAUCAGUCAAAUUGAACUGGGCCAUGGACCCGAACCGAGGAAUCAUGCUGGCACACAAGAUGAACGGUGAAGAUCUCCGACCUGAUCAUGGUCGGCCUCUACGGGCAGUUGUGCCAGGUCAGAUUGGUGGACGGAGUGUGAAGUGGUUGAAGAAGUUGAUUUUGACGGAUGCGCCCAGUGAGAACUGGUAUCAUAUCAAUGACAAUCGAGUAUUACCAACGAUGGUAUCGCCGGAGAUGUCUGCCCAAGAUCGCAAAUGGUGGACUGAUGACCGAUAUGCCAUUUAUGAUCUCAAUGUCAACUCUGUCGCUGCCUACCCUCAGCAUGAAGAGGAACUUAACCUAGUGACUGCUGGGCCGACGUAUACGGCUAAAGGAUAUGCAUACGCUGGUGGAGGUCGGAGAAUCACUCGAGUUGAAAUUUCUCUCGAUAGGGGCAAAUCCUGGCGUUUAGCCGAAAUUGAAUACGCAGAAGACAAAUACCGAAACUUCGAAGGUGACCUCUUCGGCGGUAAGGUAGACAUGUGGUGGAGAGAAGCAAGUUUCUGCUGGUCUUUCUGGUCUCUUCAGAUCCCAGUCUCAGAUUUGGAAGCCAGCGAUGCUCUUCUCGUCCGAGCAGUGGAUGAAGCACUCGCGGCCCAGCCCCGGGAUAUGUACUGGUCUGUUCUGGGUAUGAUGAAUAAUCCCUGGUUCCGAGUCACGAUCACGAAAGAGGGAAAUACGCUCAAGUUUGAACAUCCUACUCAUCCAGCUAGGGCUGGAGGCUGGAUGGAGAAAGUCAAGAAAGCGGGUGGUGAUUUGCUCAACGGUAAUUGGGGCGAGAGGGCCCAGGGCGAGGAACCAGUUGCGCCCGAGCCUGUCAAGGAGAUCAGCAUGAAGAAAGAAGGUGUGAAUAGGCAGAUUGAUCUGCAGGAGUUGAAAGCAAAUAGUACCAGUGAAAACCCCUGGUUUGUUGUCAAUGGCGAAGUAUACGAUGGAACGGGUUUCCUCGAGGGACAUCCUGGAGGAGCCAUCAGUAUCACAUCGUCUGCUGGUCUUGAUGUGUCUGAAGACUUCCUUGCAAUUCACAGUGAAACUGCCAAAGCAAUGAUGCCAGACUAUCACAUCGGAACAUUAGACAAAGCAUCUCUUGAAGCACUCAAGAACAACUCAACGUCAGAUUCAACGAAACCACGCCCAGUCUUCCUGCAAUCAAGGACAUGGACCAAAAUGACCCUCAGCGAGAAGAAGAAUGUAUCAUGGGAUACACGGGUCUUCAUCUUCGACUUGCAACACGACAAGCAAACCCUUGGCCUACCAAUCGGUCAACACUUGAUGAUCAAGGUGCCAGACCCAGCCACAAAGGAAGCAGUCAUCAGAUCUUACACUCCAAUGUCAGACACACGCCUGAUUGGAAAGAUGGAGCUGCUCGUGAAAGUAUACUUCCCAACCGAUAAAAUCCCCGGUGGGAAAAUGACACUAGCCCUCGAUGCCCUGCCCAUCGGCUCAGAAAUCGACUGCAAGGGUCCAACGGGUCGAUUUGAGUACCUCGGCAACGGUCGUGUUAUUAUAAGCGGCAAAGAGCGCCAACUACGCUCCUUCAAAAUGAUCUGCGGUGGAACAGGUAUCACGCCCGUCUUCCAGGUUCUACGCGCUGUCAUGCAAGACAAUGAAGACCCAACAACCUGUGUUGUUCUCGAUGGUAACCGGCUGGAAGAGGAUAUCCUGUGUCGAGAGGAUCUUGAUGCUUAUGUUGCGGCUGAUAGCCGGAAGUGUACCGUCGUGCAUACUUUGACUCAGGGCUCUGACGCCUGGACUGGGCGUCGGGGUCGGAUAUCUGAGGAUUUGCUUGCUGAGUUUGCUUCGCCUGAGGAACAGAGUAUGGUUUUGAUAUGUGGUCCUGGCCCAAUGGAGAAAUCUGCUCGUAAGAUUCUUUCGGAGAAGGGGUGGGCAGAGGAGGAUCUUCACUUCUUCUAG